AAGGGGGCGUCGCUGCUGCUGCUGUUGCUGCUCUUGCCGCUGCUCCUUCCUCCUCCUCCUCCUCCUCCUCCUCUAAGCAUGCGGGCGGCUCCACGGUGGCCUCGGCGAGCAGAAGGAGGUCAGCAGCCGCGACAGGCGCUGGAGCCGCGGGGAAAGCUCAUGUAAAGGACCGGAGCGCGCCCUCUUUACUCACAAGGAUGCUGGGGAGCGAUGCCAGGCGGCAGGGAGGACGCGAUUUGCCAGAAAGCGCUGAAGCUGCUGGUCGAGCUCUGCUCCGACGGGACGCUGGAGCACGAGGGCUGCCUGGAGUUCAACUACUACCUGCGGGACAGCGGCAGACCCCGCAGCCCCGACGCCGAUAUCACAGUGAGUUUAUUGUCCUUAGUUGUCACAGCAUGUGGACUUGCUUUGUUUGGGGUAUCUCUGUUUGUCUCCUGGAAACUUUGUUGGGUUCCUUGGCGAGAACGUGGCUUGUCUGGAAUCAAGCUGGAGUCCAUGAACUAUACAGAUACAGAAACCAAUGACAACGAAUACAGUGAGGAUUACCUGGGGCAACCGGCUACCUACCCCGACUCUUCCAUGAAGAUUAGCCACACUUCCCCUGACAUUCCAUUGGACGCCAAGGCAGGGACCAAGGAGAACUGUGCACACAAUGUUCGGAUGCAUCGACAAAUCACAGAACCAACUCCCUCAGCUCGGCACAAUUCAUUUCGAAGGCAGCUCAAUCUCUCAAACCCAGAUUUUAACAUUCAGCAGAUCCAAAAGCAGGACCAGCUGACAGGGCUUGGGCGGAUCAAGCCAGAGUUAUAUAAACAAAGAUCAGUCGACACAGACGAUGGGCGGAGAAAUAACAGCAAGUCUUGUGGGAAGCUCAACUUUAUUGUGAAAUAUGAUUGUGAUUUGGAACAACUAAUGGUGAAAAUUCACAAAGCUGUGAACCUUCCAGCAAAGGACUUUUCUGGGACGUCAGAUCCAUAUGUUAAGAUCUACUUACUUCCAGAUAGGAAAACAAAACACCAGACUAAAGUACAUAGAAAGACCCUGAACCCAGUGUUUGAUGAAGUUUUUUUAUUUCCUGUUCCUUACAAUGACUUGAAUGCAAGAAAACUCCAUUUUUCUGUAUAUGACUUCGACCGAUUCUCCAGGCAUGACUUGAUUGGCCAGGUGAUAGUGGAUAAUUUUUUAGAGUUAUCAGACUUUCCCAGGGAGUGUAAUAUGUGGAAGGAGAUUGAAUAUGUCACCAAUGACAAAGUGGAUCUUGGUGAGUUGAUGUUUUCACUUUGCUAUCUUCCAACUGCUGGUAGACUAACCAUUACUAUAAUAAAAGCAAGAAAUUUAAAGGCCAUGGAUAUAACAGGAGCAUCAGAUCCCUAUGUGAAGGUCUCACUAAUGUGUGAAGGGAGGCGACUGAAGAAGAGGAAGACUUCCACCAAGAGGAAUACCCUCAAUCCUGUUUACAAUGAAGCCAUAGUCUUUGAUGUCCCUCCAGAAAACAUUGAUCAAACUAGCCUGUCUAUAGCUGUUAUGGAUUAUGACCGUGUAGGUCACAAUGAGGUCAUUGGAGUCUGUCAAGUAGGCAACGAUGCAGACAGCCUUGGUCGAGACCACUGGAACGAAAUGCUCUCGUACCCUCGGAAGCCCAUUGCUCAUUGGCACCUGCUAGUAGAGGGCCCUAUUGAGCAGAAAUGUUAUGCGGGCCUUCUGCGCAUGGAUGGCUGCCGAAGAGGCUUCCUCACUCUUUUAACCUAUUCAGCAGAAAUUUGGCAUUCCUGUUGAACCUUUUCUUAGCCAUUUUCUCAGGGGCCAUUCCGCAGAGAGUCCAAAGGGGUAAAGACAUCCCUUUAAUUCCAUUAUUUGACCCUCACCCCUUUCCCAGCACCAGAAUAUAUUAAUCCUAAACUACAAGGUGCAAAACUGUUUUUUAGAAACAAAUGUACUUUGAUUUCUUUAGUUUUCUGUAGUUUAAUUUUAACAUAAAUACCCAUGGUUUAUUGGUAACCACCCAUUUUGUCAUCUAUUCCCACUAAAUCAAUUGCAUUGUUAGCAGCAUUAUCUUCAUCUAGGUGAUUAUCCAUGUUCAUAUACAUUUUUAAGAGUCAUGGGAAAAUGUUUCUUUGCAUCAUUAUUAGUAGUGUUAUAAAUGGAAAGUAUCAACUUGCACUGUUUUACAGUCCUUGCUCCAUUGUCAACUAGUCCCAAAAUCAUUCCAUCAAUAGACAUUUCUCCAUGUUCAUAGUGCAUGAAUUAGAUGUAAUUAUAUGGAUAUAGGAAGUUGUGUUUCUUAUCCUUUUCAACAAUCAAUGGCAACUACACAUGAUCUUCACAAAGCAGAGUUGUUUUCGACUAGUAGAUACCUGUAUGAUUUAUCGUACAGUAUAUAAUAAAAACUGUGUAGGGACCAGUAGCAUACAUCACAGCUACACACUGCGCCCACAAUAGCAUUUUGAGCACUUGAGUUUUAUGGAUUGUUCUGAGUUAUGGAACCAAGUACAGUUUAAAAAUAAAUACUGUAGUUUAAAGUAAUUAUGUGUCUUAUUAAACUUGACCAUCAUCAUGGUUUAAAAAACUUCUUUUAGCAAACUUAUGAAGCUUACUUCUUUAUCUGUUCUGAACAAGAGCAAAGUAAAAACAGGUUUGUGUUAUGGCCAGACUUGUUGGUGUUAUUAUGUGGUAGUCUUUCAGUGGGUUUUGUUAUUUAGAGAACAAUUCGUUUGGCCUAAUUCAAAUUUGUUUUAUUUACUUUGCAGCUCCGUUCCUAAAGUGUUUGAAAAACUUGAACUCCCCGUCUUCUUCCUUUGGAAAAGGCUGAAUAAACUAGUUCAUUUAGCAAACUUUGGAGAGAGACUUCCAACACAGCAACCACAGCUCAUCUGGGAGAAAAAUAAAUCAUUUAAACCCUUAUUAUAUGACAUGUAAAGAUAACAAACCAAAAUAUGAAAUGACUGUUAGUAGAAAAUCUGCAGAGCAGUCUAUCUUUGUUAAAUAUCUGAGGAUGAGGAGCUACGUGUUUUGUUAAUCAUCGUUAAAAUCGAAUGUUGAGUAUGUCUGAGAGGCACUACUAUGUAUGGGCAGGGGGAAAACAAAGUAACUUCAACAUUUCUAGUAAUUCUGCCAUUGAGAAGAUUGUCCAAUUAGUAGAGUGUGUGUGAGUCUUUUUUAUUCUGUAUGAGAUUCCAUAUUACAUUUUCAAAGCUUCAGAUUUUGUGAAAACUUUCUUGUCUUGUCAUGCAUAUAUAAUUUCCAUCUGCAAUGUCAAAUAUUUAUCCAACUCCCAUAGUUAUGUGGUAGCAUUCAAAAUGUGUGAGAGUGGGCUCAACCCCUCUUCCCCAUUUCAAAUUGGACCGAACUCUUCUGUAAGUGGGAUGUUUGAAAGCUCAGGUAUCACAUUUUUAAUGCUUAUUGUGGAUCCAGAUGCUGCCUCAUAUAUUUAUAGAAUAUCCUGGCCUGAUGAUUCCUGAGAUUCUAUACCUGCAACAAACCUUUCAUGUUAUGCUCAGAGGGUUUUUUUCACUUGGUAAAAGUGGCAAGAGUUGCAAGAAAAACCCACAGAAGAAAGGUCAUUGUGCUAUCACCUUUGGUUGGCAUCAUGUAGCAGACAUUGUCCAAGUUAAAUUUAACCAACCUAAUCCUAAAACAAAACCAUACAGGAGGAAGACUUACAAAUAAUGUUUAUAAUCAGUUUUCAUCCAACCAUAUUUGACCAGAUAAUAAAAUAAGAGUAUAUGUAGAAAACUUUAGUUUUCUAGCAUGAUACAUACAACUAAAUUUCUAUGCAGGUGGUUCUCUUUAAAAUAGGUCAUAUAACAUACCAAAGUUAUGGUGGGCAGUGCUAAAAUACCAUGCAAUUAAAAGCAAACUGAAAGUGCUAUUUUGUUACAUCAUAUUCAAAUUGAAUAUAUAGGACCAUAAGCAACUUUAAGUAGCCUUCAUAAACAUACAAGAAAAUACUAACCAAGCAUCAUGUAGCACCAUCAUCUCUCUCAGGUGACCCUUUUGAUAGUUGCAUUUCAUCCUCUAUAGAUUUUGCUACUCCCUAUCAAAUUUCUUGGCAGAUUUUACAAUGCUUUAGUUUAAUGUUUAGUCACUCUCAGUGGGACUGCAAGCAGUCAGGUUGCCUGUGGCUACAGCUGGUCACAUAUGCUAAGCCAGGGUGUCCAUGGUUCCUGGAUUUAAGGUGUUGUGUAGCCAUGGCCAGUAGGUUAGAUUCAGACCUGUGGCUCCACAGAUGGAAUGCUUUCCAUUGUAUAGGUGAAUCACAUCCAUGGAGGUUCCCAGACCAUUAAGUCGACAAUUCUGCAUUGAAGUAACAGGAUUGUUGCCAAUUUCCACCCCUGCACACAGCUACACACACACUGCCCCUAGUGCCACCUUUUGUACUCUUAUUGGAAGUCAGCACAUCCAGUCCAAGACAGUGUAUUUUCAGAUGUACAUGGGAGAGAUCUUAUGGCAUUUGAAAAAGGAUGAGGGUAAACUUAACAAGAAAGAUGACAAUAUGGAAACCAUUGGAAUACUGUUAAGUUUUUUCUUGACAAUUCUCUCAAUUGAAAAAGUAAAAUAUUGCAAAUAGGAAAGAAUUGUAAGAUAUUGAAAAUGAAUUUUUUAUAGUUGGAUGCUUGAGUGUGAGAGGAAAUAUUUUGAAAGGAGCGAAAGUGGGCCAUGGAUACUGUUUGGACAUUUGUUUCUAUGCCACCUUCACACAUGGGCAGAGGAGAGGCAGGUUUCUGGCUUUCUGUCCUUCUCUUGUUCCCAUUUCUAUAUGGCAAAGUUAUAUUUUCAGGUCAGUCUCAAUGAAGUCAGAAGCGAGUCCCCUUGACUUCAUUGAGGCUUCCCAUCAAGUCAAUGAAGUUGUCAGAGUUACACACUCAUUAGAAAACUGAUACAUUUCUUAUUGUGGAUACCAAACCUAGGAUCAGAGUAGCAAUCUACAUUUUUAAUCAAUAUGAGUUUUUAAUGUAUAUACACGCAGGAAAUUUUCCACAUUCAAAGAAAUGCUGGCUUAGACUUCCAUCUUCUCAAGCAUAUCCAGCAAGUGUAAGCCCUUGUUUGAAUUGAAAACCAGAAUUUCAGCUACGUUUUCAUUUCAAAUGUGGUUUGUGUAAACCAGGAAGUGCAGGAAUCAUCAACAGGAAUGUGAGUAGUUUAUUUGGGACAUCUGUGCCAAUGACCAUCUGCCUAGGGCAGGAAAUAUAGGAGUAUGUCAGUGUGCAAAGAAAGGGGUAGGAAUGUGAUCAAGAAGUCCUUUAGGAAAAGAUGGGUUAGCUCCACCAUAUGUAUUUGUCUCAGGUAUAAUAUAACCCAUAGCAUUUAUCCAGGCUCAUUAAGCAUCACACAUUUGUUAAAUCACAGAUUUGCCUGUUAUUCAUACAAGGAGGGUUUGUAGGGCAACCUUAUUGUUCAGUUGCCCUAUAUUAACACAACUGUAAUACUCAGCUGCCCAAUCUAGUACCGUUCUAGACUAGAGCUGACAUUAACUAGUCUGAAUUACACAAAGGUUGAUUUAGUGAAAGUCUAAUAGCAGGAGGCCUACAUAAUUCUUGAUGUUGUGUUCAUACCCCCCAACCAGUAAAAAAAAUUAGAACUGCACUACUUUCAUGAUGUUCCACUUUCCACCCCAGAGAUGGGCAGGCACACUGACCAAAAAGCAUGAAUUCAGUUUUCACACAAGUCUUUCUAGUUUGUGAGGAAUAGUCAUAAAGGAUAACUUUACAAUUCAUUUAAAAGUGGAAUCUCACCAUCGUUGAUCAUCUAUUAAAAGAUUCUGAAGACUUAUAGUAGUUCUUGGGAAAUAUUGAGUAAUGAAAGAAAAACAAAUCAGCCAGAGUUGGAAGAAACCAAAAGUAGGUUAAAGAAGUCUCUGGAGUGUUCAUUUUUGAGUUAUGUUCCUGUUCAAGACAACUUAAAAAUAAGAUUCUUAAAAUGUAUAUAUUUCAGCUAAUAUAAUAGAAAAGGGAGAAACGUUAAAAGUAAGUAUACUUUAAACUUGGCCCAAUCAGGCUGGAAUGUUCUAAAUUAUCACAGCAUUCUCUCAUUCUGUCAGGAGAACUGUACCUCAAAGUAAAAUUGAAAAAGAAUGAUACUGAUGGGGAAAAAUUAUGUUAGUGACCCAUUUUUAUAAAUUUUUCUGUGAAAUAUCACAACAGUCAUUCUUUCUGUCAACAUGGGUUACUAAUGCCUGUCUCGCUUUGGAUCCUACUGUCAUUAAUGAGUGUUGCCUUCCUCAUAAUUGUGCUUCAGAGUAGCCUCAUUAAUAAUGAAAUAAGCUGUGCCCAAAUGACAUGUGAUGUAAAUGGAACUGUGCAUUCCAUGAGUUAGAUAUCUUUAAGCAUUGUAUUAAAAGUGAUUUCUAAUGCAGUGGGUUAGGCAAGGAGCUACAUCUGGAAGCAUGCCAGGGUCCUGCAAUGCCCUCAAAGGGCCUAUUAAUCCAAAUGACUGUGAUGGGACCACACUCAGGAAGGAUAACACCACAGAUGCACACCUCAGCCGAAACAGUAUUGAAGAUGGCAUGUAUUGAAGAUGGGCUGUUUUGGAGUUGUCUUGUUUAGUUGAUAGUUGUUUUUGUUCUUCUUCAACUCAAACAAAGUGAAUACAGAUUACAGUUUAUCAAGUGGAAACAAGUUUGAAUGUUCCUAUUUAACAAACAGAUCCUUUUUACCAUCUUGCCAAAGAAUCUGGCACAUUUUCACACAACUACCACAUUAUGAUUUGGCUUUAACCAGCAGGGUACCAUUCUGGGAACCCUGGGAUUUACAAUUUAGGAAGAGGCAUUUAGAAUGAUCAUCUAGAGGGCCUCAUCAAACUACAAACCCCAGGAUUUCAUAAAAUGUUGCCAUGGUAGUUCAAGGCCUCCCAAAGAAUAGUACCCUUCCGCACCUCAGAAAUCUGAGAAGACAAGGGAUCUAUUCUCACAGCACAAUUAUAGCACCAUGAUUCCAUUUUAACUGCAUGGUCCAUUCUACAGAAUGCUGGGAUUUGUAGUUGGUUGAAGCACUCCUUUGCCUGACAAUUCUAUAUAGCUUCUUCCUAAACUGCGAAUCCCAUGAUUCCAUAGCAUGUUGCCAUGCCAGCUAAUGGCAUCAUAGCUCUGUAACUAUGCAGUGUGAAAGGACCCAGGGAGUGGUAAAAAUCUGGGAGGAUUACUGCACAACUAGUUUAGCAAGUGGUUAUAAGUACAACAUAACUGGACGAAACUUGAUCAGUGGUAAUCUGUAUCCAUUAAUAAUCAUCUCUCAAACUGGAAUGUUUUUUCCAUUGCAUGCUGGACAGCCAUCCUCUUCAUUCACCCCCUUUAUUUAUUUAGUGUUCAUCACAAAAGUUAUGUAAAGGAAGACUUGUGUUAUUUGAGUAAUAUAAGACUUUGUCUUUUGAACACAAAAACAUUGUAUUAUACUUUAAUAUGUGUUGAUCAAUAAGUAGUCCUUGUACAUCUAUGUUCAAUGUCAAAUUUUGGAAUGUAAAGCCACAUCUUUGUCAGGAUUUUGUCCGUCUGGUGGACUCCCCCCCCCCCCCCCUCCCCUUGGCUUUGUUCAAUAGAGGUAAUGCAUGAUUCAUUCGCGGUUAACAGUUUGAGGGAUGAAACAAAUUUAACAUUUCCUAAUUUUAUAAAAGUAUAAUAUUCUUAUAAAUAAAAGCAAAAUGUGCUGUGGUUUUAUUUAUAUAGAUCUUGUCAGUAUGAACAACUUUGUUCUUAAUAAAAUAUGUAAGAAAUUGUGCCAUUGUAAUUUAUGCCUAUUUUGUAUUUAUAUAUUAAAGUUAAAGUGAAUGUUUCAAGAGCUCACA